AUGGAUGAAGAACAUGUAAAACCUAUUAGUUUGAAGGCCUUGGUGGACAAGGUGAGCAAAAAAAUUAUAUUUGCUGAAUCUAAUGAGGAAUUUAUUGAUGUCCUCUUCAGUUUCUUGACGAUGCCAAUGGGAACAAUCAUCAGGCUCAUCCGUAAUCGACCUCCAACAAUGGGGAUAGGCUGCAUGAACAAUUUAUAUGAAUGCAUUGAGAAUCUUGAUGUGAAAUUAUUUAGGACUGAAUCAUGCAAAAAAAUGUUGUUUUAUCCCAGAAAUGCAGCUGCAGUUCAGUGCAGGAGACUACAAUUGAAUGUUGAUGAGACUGAGCCGCCGAGGUACUUUCUUGGCAAUCCCAGUAGUUGCACUCAUUUAAGUCACUAUAGAGACGUUAUUUGUCCCUUUGGAGAGUGCCUAAAUAUUGAGAAGUUUCUUGCUAAAGAUAGAGGGGUGUUUGUUAAAGAAAUGACCCGACUUAUGAUAAGUGAUGAAUUACGAGUAAUGCCCCCAUCAACUGAAGAAAGCCUUUCUCUACUCUUCAAUCUAGGACUGACCGACGGAAGCACCACCGAGGAGUGCAAUCUUGACAUAGGAGUAGAUGAGGUUUUGACUUUGCUCAAGAUGUCACUGGUAUCAAAAACACCUUUGACAGGAACUUUUUUGAAGCACAGUCCAACGCCUGAGUUGGACCAAAAAUAUUUUGAUAUCAGCAAAUCUGGAAGGGAGGAAUCAGCAACAGAUGUAAGCGGGAAGACUUUCAUGAUCAAGCUUAUAGUCAGCAAAUCCAAGAAGAUGGUUUAUUAUGCAGAAACAAGUGAAGCUUUUGUUAAUUUACUCUUCAGUUUCCUUACUGUUCCACUUGGUUAUGCAUUGAAGAUGCACAUCGGCACUUGGAAAGGAUGCAUAAAUCAUCUGUACAAUAGCAUUCACGAACUUGAUGCAGACCAAUUUCUGAAAUCAAAUAAGCACAAGGAAAUGCUUCUCAGUCCCAAGCUUGCCCCUAAUUUUGGCUAUGAGAAUCAUCCUUUGGGCAUUGAGGAAGAUAAACAUCCACCUUACUAUUAUAUAUAUGGUGAAGACAAACUGAUUUCUGAUGAAACAAUUGUUCCCACAACGGGAAUUUCACGUUUAACUGCUGUGGAUCCUGAGUCAAGCUCUAAGGACACUGCAAAAGGAGGAUUUGUUAAGGGACCUGCAAUGUUCACCAUAACUGACAAUCUGACCAUAACGCCUAUAUCACCAAUCUCAUGUCUUUCUGUUUUAAAGAAAUUGAAGGUAACUUUCAAUGACAUCGAGGUGCGUCUUGUGAAAGUGGGGUAUGAGGAGGCCUUGCGUCUUAUGGUGGCCUCUUUGGUGUCUGAAUCGGUUUUAACUGAUACCUUUCUUAGAGAGCCAAACCAGAAAAUUGAGGACAUCUUUAUUCACUUACUAUGA